AGGAGCACGUCGUGGCCCCGACUAGUACUCACUUCCAGAAGUAUCAAAUCUUCUCGUACCUGUUUCGCUUCUCUUUCAAUCAUUUACUAUCGUAUUCGCCCGAGCAAAGUUUACAUUUAGAACUAGAACUGGAACAAGUUCAACGAUUUUGUAGAAGAACAAAAAGCAACUAGGUGUAGGUUUUCAUUUUCCAGCUUCUUCUUUUCCAAAAAAAAAAGCAAAACAUCAAAAUGACUGUUUCUCCUCGCCGAAACAAGAAGAACCACUUCGGCGCUGCGAGCACGCUUGUCGCCUCGUGCAGCUUCUUGCAGCAGAGUCUACUACCUUUCGUGGAACAGCAGCACCGCUUUUUUUCCUACGGAUUGCAGCUGACCGCACACAAUAGUAAACAAAAAAGCCUCCACCUGCUGCACCAGAAGCGGCCCACUGCCAAGCAGCGCCCCUCUCACCCGCAGGGCAGCACGACAAGCGGUCCCCCUGUCAAGCCUCUGCCCUACAACCCUUCGGGCGGCGCAAGCGGUUCUCAAGGUCCCACGGAAGGAGAUGAUCAACACCAUGGAGCAGUUAGUUACUCCUUCCCCGACCCUGUCGACGUGCUCCGUCAGGUGCAGAAUUUGCCGGCCGGCAGUACUCCUGAGGAACAGGCCACAGUCUGUGCGAAUGUGAUGACCGUCCUUAUGAGUGUUUGA